UUAAGCCCAAAUAUGGAUUUGGAUAUGCAGAAAGAAACAAUUGUUAAGGUGGUUACUACAUUGUUGAUGGAAUCAUCCUCAUCUGAAAGUGAUGAUGAUGAUGAGGUAUUUUUUCAAGCAAUAUUGAUAAGAGAGGACAAACUUUUCCAUGAUGUUUUACAUAUUACGAAGAAAAACAAAAGAAAUGCGGUCAAAAAAUACAUUGAAUGUAUUGUGCCCACAUACACGGAGGAAGAAUUUAGAAGACAUUUCCGUGUAUCAAAAAGCCUAUUUAAAAGCCUAUGUCAAAGGUUAUCCAACUGGGACAUGUAUAAAAAAAUGCGUCCAGACAAGAAAUUCUCAGAAGAGACGAAUAUCCUGGUAUUUUUGUGGUUUGCCGGCCACGAGGCGUGCAGUUAUAGAGACAUUGCAGACCGAUUCGAUCUAUCUCUGUUUACGGUAGGUGCAAUUAUAUCAAGGAUAUCUCUCUUUUUGAGUUCGAUGAGCCCGGAAGUCAUAAAAUGGCCUACGAAGGAGGAAAAAAGAAGGUCCGCACAAUGUUUUGACAACAAAUGUUUUUUUAAAAAGGCAAUAGGUUGUAUUGACGGCACACAUAUCGUUAUUGACCCUCCCAGCUCUGGAAAGGAUGAUUAUGUCGAUAGGAAAGGCGAUGUAACUUUAUGCUUGCAAGGUAUAUGUAACCAAGAAAAGAAAUUUAUUAAUAUAUUUGUUGGGUAUCCUGGCUCAUGCCACGACAGCUGGGUUUUCAGAAAUUCGCCGAUUGGGGGAAAGUUGUCUACGUACUGUGAAGGUAAU